ACUUUUAUUUUCUAACCUAAAUAAAAUAUUGAAAGCAAAAGAAAAAUAUUUAUUAUCUAAGAUGGAGAAAGAAAAUGCCGUUCAGGCGGUAGUUGUAAUGGAUAUAUUUAAUAAUAACUUUAAUCCUAUAACAAAAUACAAACCUAUGGGUUUAUUUACGGUCGCUGGAGUGCCUUUAGUUAACUAUGUUCUUGAAUCUCUGGCUUUUGGAGGAGUCGAUGAAGUGAUUUUAUUUUGUUGCAAUGACGGAAUUAAAAUCAAGGAACAUUUAAGGGAAGCAAAAGAACAGCGGGCUCCAUGGAGUCUGACCCUUGAUGUACAGGUGCUAAUGUCUGACACUUGCCAGACGAUGGGGGACGUGAUGAGAGAGAUAGAUGCUGCCGGUUUGAUCCGAGGCUACUUUGUGUUGAUGUCCAUCAACAGCAUCGCUAGCAUACCCUAUGCUUCCAUGCUGGAGCAACAUAAAACAUUAUGCAAGAAAGAUAAAGGUGCAGCCAUGACUCUGGUCUACAAGAAAGUGUCCUGGGAGCACCCCCUCAUUGGCACUGACAAACCAAUCUUCUUGGCAGCCGACGGUCACACAAGGAAAGUGCUGAUCCACAAAAAAUAUAAACCCAAGUCUAAGGAUAAGACUAUCACAUUACCCUUGGAAACUGUGCUCAGCCAUUCCGAAGUAAAACUGCAUCACAACCUGGUGGAUGCUAACAUAGCGCUGUGCUCACCGUCCGUGCCUCCUCUGUUCUCUGACAACUUCGAUUUUCAAACCAGAGACGACUUUAUCAACGGUAUCCUCAUCAAUGAGGAAAUAUUGGCCAGUUCGUUGUACUACGUGCUGUUGAAGGACAACAUGUACGCUACCACUGUGACCAAUUGGAGGACAUUCAAAAUUAUAAGCCGAGACAUUAUACAUCACUGGGCACUGCCUCUGUCCAUAGAAAGUGGGUCACUCUACCAAGAUAACUACGAAUUCUUGGGUAACCACAAUUUCUGCAACAAGACUGCUACUUUGAGUAGGUCUUGCAGUGUCCAAGAAGAUGUUUUAAUAGGAGCCAAUACCAAAAUCAGUGAUAACACAGUCGUAAACAAAUCUGUUAUCGGGAGCAACUGCGUGAUAGGCAGUAACAUUACUAUCUCCGGAAGUUACAUUGGAAACAACACGGUUUUAAAAGACAACUGCAAAAUCAUCAACAGUUACAUCGAUGAAAACUGCAUAGUUGAGAAUGGUUGUGAUUUAGAAAAUGGAACGAUUCUUACUUCAAAUGUGAAGUUAUCAAGUGGAACUAAAUAUAAGGGUUCAGUGGUUGAAGGAGGUCUGGAAUCAAAUGAUCAUAAACUUGCAAAAUCUACUUCCGAAAGUGGAACGGAAUGGGAAAACGAGUCAACCGGAAGCGAAGAGGAUGAAGCUAUCGGUUUUGAGAAAACCUGGAGUGACAGCGAAUCAUGCUACUCGUCCGAUAGCAGUGCAGAUUCUUCAAUACCCGAUUCACCAGUACCUGAUGAUACUAAUAUUUUCCUUCAUGAAGUAAUUGACAGUUUAGCCAGAGGUUAUGAAGAGAAAUUAAAGUGUGAUUACUUGAUUCUGGAAAUAAACUCGUCUAGAUACGCUUACAACAUACAGUUGCACGAGGUGAACUUCUUCGUGGUGAGGGCGCUACUCAGCCUACCAGUUCUCACGGAUGCCAUGAAUGUAGUGUCUGUGGUCAAAGAUAUCUUGAAGUUCUUCCGGCCAGUUCUGGCAAACUAUAUCAAGACUAAAUCUUCCAUAAUGGAUUGUCUGAAAGCUGUUGAAGAAAGUUGUAUCAAAUGCGAAUGGUUGAAUGGAAAAGCGGGCCAGGUUAUACAGUUGCUGUAUGGAGCCGACGUUGUUGACGAGGACUCGUUACUGGAGUGGUACAAUGACUUACAAGACAACGAGAGUCCUAUCGCCAAACAGGCAUCGCUGGUCAAAUUCUUUGAAUGGCUUCAAGAGGCAGAGAGUGAGGAAUCAGACUGAAAAUUUAAUACAAACUUUUGUAUACUGUACAGAUUUAUUCAGUUAAUUUAAUAUAACAUGAUAAUUA